AAAGAUUCUUAUUUCAAUAGCAAGAUUGAAAUAAAUGAUAUUGGAAAUGAUAGAGGAAAUCAAAUGCAAAUAUUACAUGCCUCGUUUUCUGCACUUUGAAGACAAAAUAACAACUAAUCCUACACUACAACUUGUGGAAGGCCAACAUCACCUAGUGACUAAACUAGAGCUUAGUCAAGAGCUACACAAAGCCUAAUGUCUAACCAAUUGCUAAAGCUAACAAUAAAGUAAGUGUGUGAGGUAGUAGAUUCUUCUCUUCCUCCCCUCCAUCUCUCUCGAAAAUCCCUCCACCAAGCUCCAAGAAGGCAGCCACUUACCUGCAAGGAAUACACCCAAGAAAGGGGUUAGAAAAUAGACUCACAAAUAAAGGGAAAAGAGGCACAAGCUCAAUUAGAGAUGAUGAAUAGUAGAGCUAUAUAGGUCAGCCAUUAGGCUGCAAAUUAGAGCUAAGAACAGCUCCUUCCCAAGGUUUCAUCAAGAGGAGAAAGCCAACAAAUAUACACGGUGAGGCAUGCUCACUAUGCAACUCAAAGAAGACAACCAUCUGCCAUCACCAAAGCUAAGAAAACAGUCAAAAGGGCAGCCCAAGACUUGCAUCAAAUAGGUAAGAUUCCCUUAAUCAGUAAGCUCAAAAGGGGGCUGAGCUUGACAUCGAAAAUAGGAGCCCAAUGCCCCAUGAGCUGCCACAAGAAGCCAAAGGAAGGGCUUAUAAAUACCGUCACCUUCUCCCCACUCCACACACAUAUUCUGCCAAGUUCUCGCAAGGCAAGGGAGUGCAGCGGAGUGAGGAGCGGCGGCGCGGAGCAGCAGCAGUGAGAAGGGCAGGCCGAAAGAGUUCAUCGAUCAAGGUAAUCCCCUCAACGACCCCUCUUCGCAUCAUAUAGAGCAACCACUCGAGUAUCAAGAACAUAGAAAACAUAGAGAUAUCACCAACGAUUAGACAUCGUAACCCAGUAGAUCAAUCGAGUUCAUGCAACAAUAAUCCCAAUAUCACAUAACUACUGCUUAACUCACAGUAGCAACCAAGGAGCAAAAAUUCAAUUUGGAUCACAACUAGACAAAGUCCCUAAUCACCAAAUACUGUCGUAACCCGUUAAUAAGAAAACGAACAGGGAAAGGGGGGAAGGGACUUAGCUUAGACGACAGAGCCCCGGAGAGCUGACGGGGAUGGCGACGGAGGAGCUGCUGGGCAGCUGGACCGUCUGGGCUCGGCAUGGCGCUCGGCGGAGGAACGAUAGCUACUGCCCCGGUGAGGCAUCGCCGCUGGAACGGAGAGUUCGGCGGAGCCCGGCGUCCGUCGGGGUGGCAUCUCGUCGGAGCGAGAGAGGGUAGAGGCGACGCCUCACCCGAGUCGGUAACCCGCCGUGAAGAGAGGGAAGACGCCGGAGGAAGGCGUGAACGACGGCGACUAAUUCUCGCCGGAGUGGCGACGAUAUGAGGGAGAUAGAAGGGGAAUUUUCGGUUGAAAUAAGGGAUGAAGAAAUGGGAUUUGGGGAUUUUUGAUUCUUGAAGGAAGAGAGAGAGAGAGAGAGAGAGAGAGAGAGAUUAGAGCCGAGAGUUAAGAGAGAGAGAGGUAGGCUCACUUGUUGUUGGGCCAAAAAUUAAAUUCAAAGUUGGGCCACUAAAUUAAUUCGAGAUUGAGCCGAUUUCAAGUUAAUUAAGAGGAUUUGGGCCUGGAAUUUAAAUGGAGGAAAUUAGUGAACUUGGAAUUUAAUUUUAUGUGGAACGGAAUUUAAUUAAGGGUUGAGUUGGAGCUUAAUUAAUUAAUUCCCGAUUAAAUUACUAAGUUUCCGAAUAUGGAAGAAUGUUGAAGUUGGAGACGCGAAGGGCCGACCGGCGUCGCCCCGCUACGCCAUGGGCGGCCUUAAGAAAAAUCUGAAGAAGAAGGAAUUUAAGGAGAGAUUUUAAGAAUCCAUAUUUUUUUUGAGAUAAUAGAAUUUCUCCAAGAUAAGUAAAGCGAAUAAUUAAAUGCGGCCGCAUGAUAUAGCCGAGUUAGGAUUUAAGGAAAAAUCAUAUAGGCCGAGACUAAGAGAUAGAUGCUAUCCUAUAGGGUGCAUGCAUUCUUUUCACAUAAAAAUAGCUCAAGUACUAAUUAGCGUGUUACGCUAUUUAUUUCUAAAGGAGAAUUAUUUCAAGGGCAAGUGAGGCCAAACGAAGAUUUUAAUUGGAGAUAAGCAUACCAGAGGGAAGAAGAAGUCAAGCUGGUGGAGCAAGAUAAAGAUUUUUUGGGUCCCUAGUUUUUUACUUUUCAAAGGCACCGAGCUACUCUUCAGCCUACCAGAAAAGCCGGAGUUGGUGGAGAGCAGACUAAAAAUGGAAGCGAUUGAGAUUAAUGAUGAGUGUUUGAGUUUGAAGAAGAAUGUGGAGUUUAGAAAAAUGAAGAUGAAAGGAUUUUUUGAUGAGAAGAAGUCGAUUUUAGUUGUGGAAGAGACAUAUACAGAUUCUGAUCCUUUUGCAUAUGAAUAUAGCCUCCUAACUCCCUUUGUUUUUCUCCCUCAAAACAGUGCCAGUGUAAGUUCAGGUGUACUAGUGAACAGAGGGCGUGUCCCACGGGAAUGGGCAGAUUAUACCAAAAUUGAGAAGCUUCAAUCCCAUGAGAUUGUUAGAGAUUUUCCCCAAAAGGAGAAGCUUUCAUCCAUUGGAGUUGUGAACAAUAAUACUAGUAAUAUAUUGAAGUGGCUAUUAUUCUCAGCCAUCUCGCGGCCUCAGCCUAUUGAAUUUGUUGGAGUUAUAAGGGGCAGAGAGCGGCUUGGCACGCUUGCUGGUGCCGUGGGGCUUCAUCCAGAGGCAACCCUCUAUGUUGAACAAAUUCAAGAUAAAAGUGCUCAUUUAGCCAACACCACUCUUUACAAUGAUGCACAUAUGCUGGCCCAUUAUGCUCAUAUGAGGAAGGACCAUAUUCAUAUGAUCAUACUCUGGUACUGUAGCUCGGCUGGAAUGUUUCAACUUGGUAGAUGGCUAAUGAAAAAUCUCUGAUGCAGAGCUCUCUUUUCUUUUCUUUUCUUUUUUUCUGGGAGGGCUCUACUCUAUAUAUAGUGAAUCAUGUCUCUGCCCUAAAGAAAUCAAAGUGUGUUGCCAUUUCAUUAGGGAAAAAUGUAGGAGGAGGAAAACCUAUAGUA